GCCUUGUAGUGAAUGAUUGGUGCGCAUUCACAGGAUUAGAUAGUACCGCAACAGAAUUAUCUGUGGUUGAAAUAAAUAGAUUUGCAAUCCGCAAUAACGAUAACGAUAACGAUUUAACUGAUAAAUACUAUAAUAUUAAUACACAUUUAAGUAGAAGUUCUGUUAUUACUGUAUUAGAAAGAAUUCAAUUACCCAAUCAAAUUAAUUAUAUAAAUACAUACGUACAAGACCAACAAUUAAUUUUUAAACAUAAAAUGGAAGUAGAGUACUAUAAACAAAAGUUUAAUGCUGAUAAUGAUCUCAGCAAUUCCGUUGUUUUGUCAAAAUAUAGGAGUGCCGCUGAUAUUGUGAAUGCUGUUUUGCCCCAAAUUAUUAGUAGAAUUUUACCAGGCGCGUCUAUUACCGAACUAUGCAAAUAUGGUGACCAACUCGUUUUUUCGCAUACUUCCAAGGUGUACAAUAAAAAUAAGGUUGAAAAGGGUGUAGCAUUGCCGACAAUGAUUUGUGUAAAUAAUUAUUUGCAAUAUUUUUCUCCUCUUCCUGAAAAUGAUGUUAUUCUUCAACAUGGAGACUUAGUUAAAAUAGAAUUAGGUGUACAUAUUGAUGGAUAUAUUGCAAGUGCAGCACAUACUACAAUAUUAAACCCAAAUCCACAACAACCUAUAGAAG